UUCCAGCGUACUCAGCGUUACACUCGCUUAUUCUACUUAGCUUCCUGAGAGAUGGCAGAAGUGGCUCCUGCUCCCGCCGCCGCGCCGGCUAAAGCGCCCAAGAAGAAAGCAGCUUCGCGGCCAAAGAAAGCUGGUCCUAGCGUCGGCGAGUUGAUCGUCAAAGCGGUUUCCUCAUCCAAGGAGAGGAGCGGCGUGUCUCUCCCCGCCCUGAAGAAAGCUCUGACUGCCGGUGGAUACGAUGUGGAGAAGAACAACUCCCGCGUUAAGCUCGCCGUCAAGAAACUGGUUGAAAAGGACAUCUUGGUUCAGACCAAAGGCACCGGCGCGUCUGGAUCUUUUAAGCUGAACAAGAAGCAGACCGAAGCCAAGAAAACCGCGCCCAAAGCGAAGAAGGUGGCCGCAAAAAAGCCUGCCGCGGCGAAGAAGCCCAAAAAGGUAGCGGCUAAGAAGGCGAAGAAGCCCGCCGCCGCCGCCAAGAAGUCUCCUAAAAAGGCGAAGAAGCCCGCUGCCGCCAAGAAAGCUACCAAGAGCCCGAAGAAGCCGGCGACCCCUAAAAAGACAGCCAAGAGCCCAAAGAAGGCAAAGGCCGUUAAGCCUAAGGCUGCGAAGCCCAAGGCGCCGAAGGCAAAGAAGGCAGCUCUUAAAAAGAAGUAG